AUGAAGAGUGCUGAUGCGGGUGCUGAUGCGGGUGCUGAUGCGGGUGCUGAUGCUGGUGCUGAUAUUAAAGGGUAUGGGUUUGCUGAAAAAUCAAUAAUUAGCAAUGUUGAUAUUGACAGUUUUCAGGCUUCAAUAGAAGACGUUAGCUCCCAAAUGACGCUAUGGCAAAAGAUUAUCAAGUUUCUUGAAGUUCAGCCAAAAGGACAUUUAACCACGGCACAGAUGUUCUUAUAUAACCAUGAUUUGAAACCUGUCGAGAGCUCACGAAGACAAUGGUCUUGGUACAAUUAUGUCUUUUUUUGGAUCGCCGAUUCUUUUAAUAUCAAUACUUGGCAAAUCGCGGCAACUGGAAUGCAAGCUCCACUGAACAUGAACUGGUGGAUGACAUGGCUAUCAGUUUGGCUAGGCUAUUUCCUUUGUGGUAUCUUUGUUAGUAUCGGUGCCCGAGUCGGUAUACAAUACCACAUUUCUUUCCCGGUAGCAGUUCGGUCAUCUUUUGGAAUCUAUGGCUCUCUAUGGCCGAUUAUCAAUAGAGUGUUUAUGUCAUGCAUUUGGUUUGCUGUGCAAACUGCAGUUGCUGGUCCAACUUUUCAAUUGAUGCUACAUGCAAUCUUUGGUAAAGAUCUUCCAAAAAAGAUCCCAGAUACCAUAUCUGAUGCAGAUUUAACUACUUUUCAAUUUUUGGGGAUAUUCUUGUUUUGGUUGUUUCAAUUGCCAUUUAUCUGGUUCCCGCCACACAAAAUUAGACACUUGUUUACUGUAAAGGCUUAUGUUGCUCCAGUUGCCGGGUUUGGGUUUUUAAUUUGGACACUAAUUAAUUGUAAAGGGUUAGGCCCUACUUUGAAUCAAAAGUCAGGCUUACAAGGAUCAGCUUUGGCAUGGGCAUUUGUUGAAUCUUCAAUGAACGCCUUGGCAAAUUUUGCUACUUUAAUAGUGAAUUCUCCCGAUUUUUCACGUUUUGCAGAUAAGCCUUCAUUUGCAAUGAAGUAUUUGGUUUAUACAAUCUCGAUUCCAGUUUGCUUUUCAAUCACAUCGUUAAUUGGUAUAUUGGUGACAUCGGCAGCAGAGCACAAGUAUGGUGAAACUUAUUGGUCUCCUUUGGAUGUCUUGGGAAGAUUCUUGGAUAAUUACACUCCAGGUAAUCGUGCUGGUGUAUUUUUCAUUUCGGCGGCAUUUGCAUUGGCUCAAUUGGGGACCAAUAUUUCUGCAAAUUCCUUGUCAUUCGGUACUGAUUGCACAGCUAUCUUACCAAGAUUUGUAAAUAUUAGAAGGGGUGGAUACAUUUGUGCUUUUCUUGCCUUGGCUAUUUGUCCAUGGAAAUUGAUCUCGACGUCAUCUAGAUUUACCACAUACUUGUCAGCUUAUUCGGUUUUCCUUUCUUCUAUUGCUGGAGUUGUUGCUUGUGAUUAUUACUAUGUAAGAAGAGGAUAUUUGAAGCUUGCGCAAUUGUAUUCGCCAAACGUGCCAAAUAAUCCAUGUCAAAGAUCAAUGUACGCAUACAACAAGAUUGGUCUUAAUUGGAGAGCAUAUGUUGCUUAUAUCUGUGGUAUCUUGCCGAAUAUUGUUGGAUUUGUUGGUCAAACAGGUACACAUAAUGUACCCCUUGGCGCAAUCCAAGUUUAUAGGAUCAAUUUCUUUAUGGGAUUUUGUUCGGCAUUUAUCAUUUACGCUGGCCUAUGCUAUUACUUCCCCAUUGAAACUGGAAUUCCAAAAACUAAGCCAUUUGAAACAGGGUGGUAUGAACAGGAGCUGAUUGAUGUUGAACUAUUUGAAGAGGAGUUGUUGAAUCAUGAUGUUGAAGCAGUAGAGGGAGUAGAGGGAUACGAGGACGACGAAAAUGAUGUGAGCUUGGCAUUCUCAAAAUCGCCCGCUCAAAGCUUGCCAAUGAAAUAUUGA